AUGCCUCCUCAUUUCGCCGGCCUCACGGGCAAGAAAUUGUCCCUGGCCAUCUCGACCGUCGCGACGACUGGUUUCUUACUCUUUGGUUACGAUCAGGGUGUCAUGUCUGGAAUUAUCGACGCUGACCCCUUCCAUGAUUACUUCCCCGAGACAAAGAACAGCACCAUGCAGGGUUUCGUCACGGCUAUCUACGAGAUUGGAUGCUUGCUCGGUGCUAUGUUCAUUCUUUGGAUCGGUGAUCUGCUCGGUCGUCGAAGGGCUAUGAUUCUCGGUGGUUGGAUUAUGAUCAUCGGUGUCAUCAUCCAGAUUACUGCUAUGAAGGGUCACUCUGCUCUUGCCCAACUCAUCAUUGGUCGCACAAUCACUGGUGUUGGUAACGGUAUCAACACUUCGACCAUCCCUACCUACCAGGCUGAAUGUUCCACCACCACCAACCGAGGUCUCCUCAUCUGUAUCGAGGGUGGUAUCAUUGCCUUCGGUACCCUCAUCGCCUACUGGAUCGACUACGGCUGCUCUUACGGUCCCCAGGACCUUACAUGGCGAUUCCCCAUUGCCUUCCAGGUUGUAUUCGGUCUCAUCCUCUGUGUUUCCAUGGUCUGGCUUCCUGAGUCUCCUCGAUGGCUUCUCACCCACGACCGCCACGAGGAAGCCGAGCGAGUCAUCGCUGCUAUCCGUGGCUACGAGAUUGACAGCGACGAGACCCGCGCUGAGCGAGACCGUGUCGUCGACUCCAUCCGCGCCUCUGGCUUCGCUGCCCAGAAGAGCACUCCCAUCAAGGCUCUAUUCACCGGUGGAAAGACACAGCACUUCCGUCGUAUGCUUCUCGGCUCUGGUUCACAGUUCAUGCAGCAGGUCGGAGGAUGCAACGCUGUCAUCUACUACUUCCCCAUUCUCUGUACUGACAUCUUUGGCGACAAGAACCUUGCUCUUCUGCUUGGUGGUGUCAACAUGAUUGUGUAUGCCAUCUUCGCUACCUCCUCCUGGUUCCUCAUUGAGCGUGUCGGCCGUCGCAAGCUGCUCCUCAUCGGUACCGCUGGUCAGAUGCUUUCCAUGUUCUUGACCAUGGGUUUCCUGAUCCCCGGUGGUAACGACCCUGGUACCAACUCUCCUCAGAUCUCAAAGGGAGCCAUCGCUGGUCUCUUCACCUACAUUGCUUCAUUCGGUGCUACCUGGUUGCCUCUCCCUUGGCUCUACCCCGCCGAGAUCAACCCCCUCAAGACCCGUGGCAAGGCCAACGCUACAUCCACCUGCACCAACUGGCUCUUCAACUUUGUCAUUGUCAUGAUUGUCCCCAUCAUGAUCGCCAACAUUCACUGGGGUACCUACCUCUUCUUUGGUUUGGCCAACGCCACUUUCUUCCCCAUCCUGUACUGGUUCUACCCCGAGACUGCCAACCGAUCUCUCGAGGAAAUCGACAUCAUCUUCGCCAAGGGCUUCGUCGAGAAUAUCUCCUAUGUCCAGGCCGCCAAGGAGCUUCCCUUCCUCACUCACGAGGAGGUCCAGCGCGAGGCCAUCCGUCUUGGUCUCGUCGACGAGGCUAGCCGUGGUGGAAUGAUGGAGAAGCCCAGCGAGGAGACCGGCACUGUCCGUGACGAGUCUGGCUUCAACUCUGAGAAGUCUUAG